UGAGAGCUGAACUGUUCUGCUGAGAACAUACAUCUUGUUGAAGUUUUGAGUCAGUAGUUGGAGCAUCAGGACAGGAUGGCUGUCCUGCGUCUUUACAGUCUGCUGCUGCUGUUCAUGGCUCCUGUUCAUGGCCAGUGGUGGAGUGUGUUCUUGGAGAAAGCACAGGAGACGACCACACAGCCUCCCACCACCAUCCCCACCACCACCCAGGUAUUGUGGACCACAGAAGGGACAGAGGUGAGCCAGGUGGGGACUCAGACGGAGGUCUUCACCACUGCACCUGUUCAGAAUACACCGCUACAGAGCACACAGGAGCCUGCUGCUGCUGGAACCACAGAGAUCAAGGCUAAGAAAAGAUCUCUGAAAAUGUGGAAGAGUCGUGAGCGUGGCUCUACAGGCCACCUAGACCUGACCGAGUUGAUCGGAGUGCCGCUCCCUCCCUCUGUCUCCUUCAUCACCGGCUAUGAGGGCUUCCCGGCCUACAGCUUCGGGCCUGACGCCAACAUCGGACGUCUCACCAAGACCUUCAUGCCCGACCCUUUCUUCAGGGACUUUGCCAUCAUCGUCACCAUCAGGCCCAGCAGCAAACAGGGAGGGGUGCUGUUCGCCAUCACUGAUGCGCAGCAGAAGGUGGUGCAGCUGGGGUUGGCACUGACGCCCGUGGAGGACGAGACCCAGAGGAUUCAGCUGUACUACACCGAGGGGGGGCAGGGGUCUUCACACAGCCAGCAGGUGGCGUCCUUCAAGUUGCCUGAUAUGACGAAUAAGUGGACGCGCUUCACUCUGUCGGUGCUAGACCAGGAGGUGCGCCUCUAUAUGGACUGUGAUGACUUCCACGCAGGGACCCUCCACAGGAGCAGAAGCCAGCUCAGCUUUGAACCCAGCUCGGGCAUCUUUGUGGGCAACGCUGGAGGAACUGGCCUGGAGAGGUUUGUGGGCUCUAUCCAGCAGCUGGUGAUCAAGCCAGACCCCAGGGCUGCAGAGGAGCAGUGUGAAGAGGAUGAUCCCUAUGCUUCUGGGGAUGGGAGUGGGGAUGACACGUUGGAUGACCGUGAAACAGAGGACGAGUUGAUGAAGAACAUGGAACGAAAAAAGGAAACAGCACAGCCAAAGGACAUGCUAAGCGGGCUGGUGCGAGCCCUGGCCACAGAGUCUCCGGAGGUGGAGCUGGAUGAGUACUCAGGUCACCUGACCCCCACAGACAAGGCCCAUCAGGAGAUGCUGCUCAAAGGUGGAGAAGGAUCCCACCAGACAGAGGAGCCAGGGGAGAGGUCAGGGGAUGGCAACCCUCUUAGCCACAGACAGAAAGGAGAGCAAGGAGAGCCUGGGCCUAUGGGUCCUGCUGGCCCCCGUGGCCCCCCUGGCCCUUCCACUCCCUCUGAGGAUAGGUCUGGACACAGCCAGCCAGGACCCAGGGGCCCUCAGGGGCCUUCAGGGCCAACAGGGGCCCCUGGAGUGCCAGGGAAGGAUGGACAGCCAGGAAGCAAGGGUGAAGAUGGAGACCCAGGACAAAGAGGACCCCAGGGAUUCCCAGGUUUGGCAGGAGAGGUUGGAGUCAAAGGAGAUAAGGGGGACCCAGGAGCAGGCUUACCGGGGCCUCCAGGCUCCCCCGGACCUCCCGGACCUCUCAAAUCACACAGUGUACCGUAUGGAGAGGAUGCACUCGGCUCUGGCUUUGGGGACCUUGACGAUACAGAAUUGAUCCGAGGUCCCCCUGGUCCUCCCGGCCCUCCAGGUCAACCUGGCCCCCCUGGUCCCACCAGUUACUUCAACGCCUCCGAGGGCUUAUUCCCUGGACAACCAGGUCCUCCGGGCCCACCUGGCAGAGACGGCCUUGUUGGGAAACCUGGACCUCCAGGUCAACCUGGUCUGAAUGGGGAUGGUGGGCCGACAGGGCCUAAAGGUCUGAAGGGUGAACAAGGACUAGCUGGACUAAACGGACCAAUGGGUGAAUCAGGUGACCCAGGGUUGGUAGGAGCUACAGGACCGAGGGGACCAGAGGGGAAGAGGGGCGACCCUGGACCUCGUGGGCUGCCUGGUCCCCCCGGACCCCCAGGAGGAGGAUUCUUUGUCGAGGACGUGGAGGGGUCUGGGAAGAAUGACAUGGUCCUUGGCGCAGGACUCAAAGGCCCUCAGGGAACUCCUGGUCUCCCUGGCCCUGCAGGACCAAAGGGUGAAGAUGGGAAGGAUGGGGCUCCUGGGUUGUCAGUGAAGGGUGAGCCUGGUGCUUAUGGACCUGAGGGACUCCAAGGGCUAGCUGGGUUACCAGGCGUGAGGGGAUUGAAAGGAGACAAAGGCGAUCCAGGACCAAAGGGGGAGUGUGGUCCUGAUGGACACAGUUUACCUGGUCCUCCUGGUCCUCCCGGCCCUCCAGGACCAAUCAUCAAUCUGCAGGAUCUCCUCGUGAACAAUACAGAGGGCAUGUUUAACAUCACUGAGAUCCGUGGGCCGCCUGGCCCAAUGGGCCCUGAAGGCGAGCCUGGCAGAGCAGGAUUCCCUGGCCCAAGAGGACCAAAGGGUGACAUUGGGCUUCCUGGUCUUCAUGGUUCACCAGGAAUGAAGGGUGCGAAAGGGGAAGCUGGUGUCACUAUCGCUGCCGACGGGACUGUGUUGACAAGUGUCAGGGGCCCACAGGGGCCAAAAGGAAUCAAGGGUGAGCGUGGCUUCCCUGGAGCUUAUGGUGUCAUGGGACCAAUUGGACCAACUGGACAAAAGGGAGAAUACGGGUUCCCUGGUCGACCGGGGAGACCUGGAAUGGCAGGGAAGAAGGGAGACCAGGGAGAUGCCAUUGGUCAACCAGGACUUCCUGGCCCUCCUGGCCCUCCCGGUCCCCCAGGACCAGUAACAGGACUCAACGGAACAGUUUUUCCGGUCCGUCCCAGACCGUUCUGCAAAACACCAGUUAAUGGCAGCAAAGGAUCGUCACAAGGUGGCAGGAGAGGAAACGGAGGUGCUAAAGGGGAAAAGGGAGAGGUUGGACUGCCUGGAACGCCUGGAGAACCAGAUGAUGUUCUACCAGAAGGCUUUGUAGGAGAAAAAGGAGACGUGGGCUAUAAAGGAAUGAAAGGAGACAAGGGUGAACCUGGGUUGCCUGGCCCUCCAGGUCUUCCUGGGAGAUCAGGCCUUGUGGGGCCAAAAGGUGAGUCCAUCGUUGGCACCCUUGGUCAUCCUGGAGCUCCUGGUGAACCAGGGGUUCCUGGCAUUGGACGACCAGGCUCUCGGGGGCCCCCUGGCCCUGCCGGACCCCCUGGACCACCCCCUGUCUAUGGCUCAGCUGUCAGUAUUCCUGGCCCACCUGGGCCUCCCGGUCCUCCUGGCAUUACUGGCUAUGAAAACCCGGUGACCACAUACAGGAACACCAACACUCUGAUGAGGGAGAGCCACCGUGCUGCAGAGGGCUCCAUGGCCUACGUCUCAGACAAGGGAGAACUCUACAUUAGAACUAGAGAUGGCUGGCGCAAGGUUCAGCUUGGUGAGCUGAUCCUCGUCCCAGCAGAGAGCCCAUCCUCUGCAGUGUCCCAGGCCCUGAGCAGACCAGGAGAUCGCAGCAGACCCCACAGGCCACACAGCCAGGAACUAGUUGGAACUAGCUACGUGCCCAACUAUAAUGUCCUACCUAAUACAGUACACUCAGUACCAGGGCUGCACCUGGUGGCCCUGAAUGCUCCGUUCUCUGGGGAUAUGCGUGGCAUCCGGGGGGCAGACUUCCAGUGCUACCAGCAGGCCCGAGCCAUAGGUCUCACUGCCACCUACAGAGCCUUCCUGUCCUCACACCUCCAGGACCUGGCCACUAUCGUCAAGAAGGGAGACCGCUACAACAUGCCCGUCAUCAACCUCAAGGGAGAGGUGAUCUAUAGCAGCUGGAUGAACAUCUUCUCUGGGAACGGAGGCAUGUUUGACCCAUCCAUCCCCAUCUACUCCUUUGAAGGACGGAACGUCAUGACGGACACUACUUGGCCUCAGAAGCUGGUGUGGCAUGGCUCCAGUACGGUGGGCAUCCGUGUGACCACUAACUACUGCGAGGCGUGGCGAGCGGGUGACAUGGCGGUGACGGGCCAGGCCUCGCUCCUCCAGACAGGCAGACUUCUGGGCCAACACACCCGCAGCUGCUCUAACCAUUUCAUAGUGCUGUGUAUUGAGAACAGCUACAUUGACCACAGGAGGUCUAAUUAACCUCAACACACAUACAUCUAGUAUAUACUCUCACUCACUCACACACUAACGAGUCUCCUAUUAACAAAGAGCAGCUAUGUGCUGGACCACAUGAGGCACUGUCACACACCACAGCACUCAGCUAUCUACAACAAACAGAUAGAGCAGCUUCAUACUGACCACAGAUUAAACUACCCCUCUUCAUUCACCUCUCAUUAUUAACCUCCCAUCAACACAGCAUCACUGCAUUGCACUGGUCACUAAUGUAUGUUUACUGUUUCUUUAAGAAAGGUGUAAAUAUAAUGUAAAUUGCUUCCUGUCAAAAGCACUGCAUCACUCCAAUUCACUGUGUUUCAAUUGACUGAAGAAGGAAUGCCAAAGAACUGGUGAUCAGCAACCAACCGACUAACCCACAUUGUUUCUGCUGGAGUAGCCUUUAACCCACAGUUUAGUUUUGUUGGUUUGCUCAUUCGAGUCUUAUUCUUAAGUGCUUAGUAGAGUAGUUUGCAUAGAGACAGCAACCAUUCUAACCUUUUGUGGUUUACUGUAUUAGACCCCAAAACAAUAUGAUGAAAUUAGGACGACUGGUCUUUUCUGUUUUCCGUGAUGAAAAUGAAUAAUGAAAUACCAGGAUGUUGCUCCCUCAGGCCUUGAAGUCAUUUAGAUGCACUGUGAGUUGAUUUGAAUAGUUUGCGGUUUCCAUAUCCAUGAAGGCUUUUUGUCUGUGAAAAUUGUUAAGGGUUUUUAUGUUGCAAGCGACUUUGUCUUAGUAUUUAAGUUGAAUUCUAUGUAUCAUAUUUGUAUUUAUACUGUAACAGCACAUAAUCUUAAAUGUGGCAGCACAUAGGUUCACUUUGAAAAUUAAAUUAAAUUGGACGUGUAUAUACA